AUGCGUUUCAACAUUGGUGCAAACCAGAAGCUUAUCAGCUCGGACUGUUUUCGGCUAUUGAGUUUAGUGUCGGAGGUCCAGAAUGACGUCGAAGUGAUGAAGCCUGUCUUGUGCGAGCUAGAGGUGAUGCGGCUGAGCUGUUCGCUUGGAAUGAUGUCGUCAGUAAAUACCAGAGAUUUUGAGAUGGAGAUGCUAGAAUCUCGUGAGUUCGAUGAUGACUUUGUUCUCUUUCUUCGCAAGGAAAUUUUUGGGACAAAUAAGGACCAAGCGUCGAACGACAUCAAGGUUAUAUCCCUGUUUGGCAAACAAGAUGCAGUAAAGCACGAGCUGAAUACUUUGAGCUGUUGGUCGGUCGAGGUGAGCAACAACUUGAAGAAGGAUGACCAGGGGAUCUACUGUGUCAAUCGUCAGAACGACGAGGCUCCAGGGCGCUUUCUCGUCCUGUUUGCGUGGAUUCAAGAUUUCUUGUUCCAGAAGGAUCGAUUGCGUGAUACUGUGACGUAUGUGCUCCGUUUUCUGACGUGCUUAAGCCCAGAUAUGGUGUGCUGCCUAUCGCCGGAAGAUGUUGAGCUAGUUGAGCGAACGGUAGUCUCUAUGAAUUCAAACCAUUUGGACGCUUGGAAAUCGUUUUCAGUUGCGUUUCAUGUGAAGCGGCAAGAAGAGCAGAAGGAUGCUGUCGGGUGUAAAGAUCUUCCAGACAUUAGGUUGCCCGUGACUUCUUCGACCCAAAAUGUUCAACUGCUAAAGGGAAGCUAUCCUGCUUUUAUGGUAAUGGAGCCAGCUCCAGCUAAAAAAUGCACCGAAUCGUGCACGGAAAUCUUCGACAACGUCAAUGACCUUGCGAAUUGGCUACGAAACGAGUCAAGACAACGUAAUUUGCAAGUCGAGUUUGACCGGACGAAGUCUGGCCAAUUCUGCAACGAACUAUUGCAGACAUCUGGACGAUGGCCUGAGAAAAAGCUGAAGGAGAUUCAGGAUAUGCAGGCCCGAAGCCUGGAAACGUUGGCAGAUACAACUAAGGAGCAAGUGCAAGGGUAUAUUGAGGAACAGCGAGCGAUGUUACUUGGUUGUAUAGACAAAAUGUUUGAUUUGGAUGUGCUGUUCACCGGGGCAAAAGACGAGCCUGUAUAUGUGAUUCUCCGCAAGUACUUGGAGACUGUCCAGACAAACCGAGACAUCUGGAGCAAAAUUGACUCUGCGACAAAAGCAACCUUGGAUCUGCCACUCCGUCUCAAGAAUCAGAUGAAUGGCAUCGCUUUGGUGUUUCGCGAUCACUUAGUUCGCGACCCUGAAGGCAAUAUACGCGAAUCUUUAGCAGAUUAUAUGCGGGAGCUCACUUACGUCGAUACGAAACUUGUGGCCAGUGGUGAAGGGUAUCUGGUACGAACAUUGAAGAAAUUACGCAUUGUGAGGAAUGAAAAAUCGGAGCUUCUAUCGGAACGAUUCCGCGACUGCAUGGUUAAGCCGUUGAAUGAAGCUCGACAAGCUUGGUUCGAGGCUGUCGAGACGGCUUGUGUUGUCGCAGAAAGCGUGUUAGUGAUCAACUGGAACGAGGAAAAGCAGAAGUCGAUUCGUCAAUCAUGCCGAGAAGACGAGCAAAAAGUUGUUUCUGAAGCUAUUAGCAACCUUUUUCAUGCUUGGCGGGAGCAGCACAGCAAUGGGCUGACGACAACUAUCCGUCCACGAGUACGCUCGACGAUGAUUUACUGCGACGUUCAAAAGGAGCAGUGGAAGCCUGCAACAGACCAAGUGAAGGUUUUUAAAUUGGCAAAGAAUCACACCGAGUCUUUCAACACCAGCGAGCUAGGCACUCAUCGUCUGAAGCCAGGUGCAAAAUUGCUAAGAACUUUCACGAUUAAGAACCACUGCGUGGUGUUGGUAACGACUUCUCCGCAAGGAACGCUGGUAGAACGCAUAGACUUCCCAAUUGGUAGCUAUUUGUGGUUUCAAAAGGAGGGAAACGUGACAUUCACGCGUCAUUUUGGCCGAGUCGCACCGUUGUGCGACUUCAACGCUCAUUCACGCGUCAUAUCAUUCGUCGAGGAGGGUGGGCGAGCUUUGCUGUACCGAUUCAACGACAACUAUUCAUCGCUUGAAAUAUACAAGCGUGUCGAGCUGUCGCUGCGAACGUCAUUGGCACUCCCGGUCGUGGAUGUUCUGCUCUUGGAUGGUUUCUUGUACGCUACCGAUAAGAAUGGGUCGAUCCAGUCGAUUAACUUGAAGAAUCAGCAAACGUCACGAGCAGCGCAAAUAAUUCCAGGGUCUUGUAUACUAAACAGUACUCUCUUUGCAAUGGCCGACAACAUGGUGUUGGGCUUUAUGGCAAUGAGACCUGUGAAAGACGAGCCCACUCAACGUACCGAGUUGUGCGCGGUGGCUAGCGAAGAUUUUCGCCAAGUUCCUGCAAAUUUCUCUAUCGCCUUGCCGCUCCAUUCAAGCGGUCUAUCGGUUCAGUGUUUUGAGAAUUUGAUGUUCGCAGUAGAUGAAAAGCAACAGAAAAUUUGCGUCGUACAACUUGAAGUGACAGUGCGGAGCGAAUCUUUCCGCAUUGAGCACUCAAAGGAGCAUUCAAUAAACGGCAGCAAGACAGAGGUUGAUGACUCAGAAAAGGUGGAUCAUUGGCUACGAGCCUUCUAUCAUACGUACGAAAAAUUUCCUGUACGUGGCUUGAUUCGAGGCGUUGAUGACACUCGCGCUACGCUUAAACUGCAGUUGGUGUGUACUUCUGCGCUGACAAAAUCUGCUGAGGACAGUUGCCGAUACUUCUUCCAGGUCGUGAUGCGCGAUCUGCGCAAGCUGAAUAAACCUCUCGGUGGAAUGGAUUUGGCGAAACAUUUGGCUCUUACAACAGACUUAAAUGGUAGCAUGGAUGAUGUUGCACCUCGGCCUGUCCGGUCUUUUCUGCAGGAGUUGAUCACUUUCGUUCCGAUUCAAAUUUGCCGCGCUGAAGGAAAUUCGCUCACAGUCAUGACGAAUGGUAAAGCAUCCUCGAUGGGACCCCAGUCUCAGAGUCUCCAGGCCGUUGAUAUUGCUCGUUCAAUCCGGUUUGGGCUCUUAUCACCAUUGCUCGAGUCGUGGCAAGGGCGUUGCGUCGUUAUUACGUCGAUGGGAAAGCAGUCAACCGGAAAGAGUUAUUUGCUUAACCACUUGACAGGGACAUCAUUUGCAAUCGCUGGAUCACGCUGCACCGACGGAGCGUGGAUGUCGAUCCGUAUUUUGCCAAAAAAAGUGCUUCUUGUUGUCCUUGACUUUGAAGGUCUAGGAUCGUUUGAGCGAACGGAGCAGGAGGACGUAUUUUUGUCGGUUCUCAACGCAUCCAUCUCGAUGUUUACCAUUUUUCGGAUAGAGAUGCGGUUUGAUAAGGAUAUUGAUGACUUAUUUGCUCGUUUUCAAAAAGGUGUGGCCUUGAUCAAGGGAGAUCCGAGCCUGUUCCGUGGCAAGCUUUACAUGUCUGUAAAAGAUGUGAACCCUAAUGACCAGAAGGGCGUGUUGGACGAGUUUGUCGAUAAAUUUCAGAAGUUAAUCGGGAUAAAUAAGGACAGCAACUUUUUGCUCGACUUGUACACAGGACAACUGGACAUCAACUGUUCACCACCAUUGGGCACGAUUAGCUACUACCAGUCGUUGAUGCAUGCUCAGACUUUUAUCGAGGAUUCUCUUUGUGGUGUUGGUAAUGCGGGCUUCCGGAGCGGCAAGACAUUCUUAAAUUGCGUUCGUUUGGUGCUGAUGUAA